GGCGCAGCAUGGAGCCGGACACACAGGGCACGGACCCCACGGCUGGCUUUGGGCCCAGUGCGGGGCACGGGGAAGUUUGGGCAGAGUCCGAGCAGGUCCGGUCCGGGUCCCGGAGCUCGCCGCGGGCGCCGGGGGAGGCAGGGUCGCGGCGGGGCCUGGGAGCCCGAGCCCAGGAAUGCAGCCGCCGGGCGGGGAGCGGGGGCCGCGCCGCCCCUCCUCCGGGGCCGGUCCCGGCCGGGGCUGCAGGUGGAGGAGCCGGCGGCUGCGGCGGAGCCAUGGGAGGCGGCUCGGCUCUGCGGCUGCUGCUGCUGGGCUGCUGGGUCCUGAGCCUGGGGCAGAUCCUGCUGCGCUGCGGCCGCCCGGGGGACGAGCCGGGGCCCUUCACCAUCAUCACCAUCCGCGGGGAGCCCGCCCCGGGCAGCGCCCGCCCCCCGCCACGAGGGGACGGGAGCCCCGGCCGGGGGGCCAGGCGGGCGCAGCCCGGGCUCCCUGCAGCGCUACCAGGAUGAGAACGAGAACCUCGGCCAGCCCAAAACCCAGCAGGAGGUGGCCCUGCAGCCCUGGGCCGAUGGCAGCGAGUCCCUCCGAAGCGAAGCCGAACGGUUCCUUACGUACAUCAGCACCCCCCAGCUGCCCUGCUCCCGAGCUCUGAGCCAGGCUGGGCUCCAGGAUUUCACAGCCAGCACUGCCGGGGCGUGGCGAGUCUGCCUAGAUCACAUGCUCACUGCGUCGCUGAAGCUUCAGCAGGAGAGGUGCCUGGUUUAUACCUUCAGCAUGGUCAAAAGGGGCUUUGAGUUCAGCCAGCGGAUGAGCGAAAUGCAGUGCCAGGUGCACAGCUUUGGCCUGACCCCCUACAAGCAGACAGGCCUCUGGCAGAAAGGACAGGUGCAGCACCAUGCGCUGUGGCUGGACUGGCACGAGCGACGCCCGGUCACCUCCUCGCAGAGACGGAGGAGCCCUUCCAAGAGGCUACAUCAGAUCAUGGAGGACUUCGGCCACAAGAAGAUCGACGUGUUGGAGGCGGACUUGGCCAGCGCCGAGUGGAAGAUUUUGGAGAGUAUCCUUGUGGAUGGCACCGUGGCCGCAGUGCACCAGCUGAUCCUCGCCAUCCACCUCCACUGGCCCGGCUUUGAGGUCAGUGGGAGCGAGGCAGCCGUGGUGCGGUACUGGUACAGCCUGCUGAAGGCACUAGAGGCCAGAGGGUUUCGGCUGUUCCAUAGCUUCAAGGACCUGCAGAAGCCGCAGCUCUUCCUGCACAAAGAACUCUUCAAUGCCAGCAGCUCCUACACCCUGAGCUGGGUCAACACGUACUGGAUGUACUGAAAGGGGGCACACCGUGGGCAUUUGUGAGGGUGGAGCUGGGUAUUUUCAAACCUGGCUCCUGGCCGAGCUCGGAAUGGGUGUGCUUGUUAGGUCCCGGCUGGCCACAACGCACCCCGGGCGGAAUUCUGCUGCAUUCCAGGGACGGAUGAUGCAGCCAAAAGGGUUCUGAAGAUGAAUCCAGGAAGCGCUAACAGAGAUCCAAGACCUGUGGCUCUGACAGCAAAAGCCACUCAGAUGGACGCUUCAAUGGGGACUAAAAACCAGCUUAAGAGACUCAAAGGUGCCGAGGUUCCAAAUACCUCCUCCCACUUGCAUCUGAAGAAGUGAGAUUCUUACCCACGAAAGCUUCUGUUAGUCUUAAAGGUGCCACAGGCCCCUCUGUUGCUUUUUACAGAUUCAGACUAACACGGCUACCCCUCUGAUAGUUGACACUCCUCCCACAAGACCAUCUAACCACUGCUCUGGCCUUGAGCACGUGGAAGAGCCUGAGUGUCCAGCUCACGUCCUUCCUGAUGAAGCAAGGAGCAUGCCGGGGCACCAAGACCUGGCAGCACAGACAAUAAGAAGCCGAGCUGAUGCCUUGUGGGAGAAGGUACAGCAGUGCUUCUAACUGCUGUUUGUGUUGGCCCCCUGCUUCCAAAAGCCACUGAAAUGACCACAGCAGACCUGGGAAGGAAGGGAGAUGAAUUGCCAGUGUUCCGUUGCUGGGGGAGCCAUUCUAACCUGGAUGCAUCAGCAAGUGCAUUUGCCAAAUGGAAGCGAGAGGCAGGGAAUCGGCAACUGUUGGCCUGUUGGCCUGUUGCUGUUAAGAUCAGCUGGGAUUUUCAGAGGAGGCUAAAGGAGUUCGGUGCCCAAUUCACACUCGGAUUCAGUUAGACCUGGGCACCUAAUUCCUGUUGGCACCUUUCAGACUUCCAGCCAACGACACAGACUGUUCCACUAAUGACACUGCUGCACCCACAUGCCGUCUAAAAAGUGGGCUGGAGAUCCCACGAGAGCUGGCUCUCUCUUGAGACACCAGCUCCUACCACUUGGGUUAGGCUGGCCUGACGCCUUGCCCGUCUCAUUGUAUUUCAGCUCAUCUAUUUCCGUCCAGAACCAGGAAGUGCAAAUUUGCAAAUGACUUUUAAAAACAAGGGGGGGGGAGAAGCUAUUCACAUUUUUGGAAUCACCAAAGUAAAGUUCAGGUUUGAAUUCUGGGCGAAGGUU